AUGUUGAAACCGAUCAUCGAAAAGUAUCGUGAUGCCACUAACGGCAAAGUACACUUGGAAGUCACGUAUGGUAGUGAAAUAGCCAUAGGACCUUAUGAGAAAGGAUUGGAGCAUGCUCCAGGUGGUCAUGGACCCCCAUCUUGGAAUCUGGACCGUCUUGUAUCGAAGUCUUCUUGUGAAUCAUCUAUACACAGCAAUGCUUCGCAAGUUGAUGGUGAUGAUGAUUGUAACAACGAGGAAGACUUCUCCGACAAUGAUGUAUACUCGGAAGUCGGCUCGGAUAUUCAUGAGUGGAAUGAGAGCUCUCAACUGUCUGGAAAUAACAGUUUCAAUGCCUCCAAUCCCUCUGGGCAUAAGAUUAUCAACUUAGCCACCUGGCUCGCGAACACUCGUCCGACGUUUGGUACUGGAUACGAAGGAAGCGCUGUUGAAGAACCCCUAGAAGGAGGAUGUAGAUUGCAUGAAGGGGAUCUACCAGGUGAUGGAAUGUCUGAUGAAGCGCCAUAA